AGCGACAUUGAUGGUUGGUUUCGGUGUUACAGAACAGCAUAUUUUAGCAAACAAAGCAUCUCUUAUAAGACGGCGGAUCUAAAGAAAAAAAUCAGUUGUCUUCCACAAAUCAGCAAGAAAGAUGACUCUGAAUACAUUCCUACUUCUAAUUGGAUUCCAUAGUGCUUUAUGCGCUUCGUUCUCCAACGUCAUAGUGCGCGGUGGUUCUGAAGUAAUACCAUUGGAAUAUAUAAACUAUGGUGGUCCUUUAUCUUACACUGGACCGAAAUUUGCUCAAAUAUCCGCGGCACCUAUAGAAACAUUGGUCUCAUUAUCGAAUGCCCGUCCAUGUGUGUCACCUUGCGUUAUUGCAAACACGCCAAUCUCCGGUCUGGCGCCAAUAGCAGGCACGGCUAAUGCUCAAAUUGUAGCUUAUAAGUCACCGGUCGCUAAUGUCCCAAUUGUAUUGGCAAAUACCGAUGAUGCGGCUAUCGGUUACCAAUAUGCAUACGCUGUUUAUGAUGAAGGCACUGGUGAUAAAAAGACCCAGAGUGAACAAAGCGAUGGUUCUGUCGUCCAAGGACAGUACUCUUUUAUACAACCUGACGGUUUGUUGCGAGAAGUUAUUUACACCGCUGAUGAUAUAAAGGGAUUCAACGCUAUCGUCAAAACUGUAGCUCCCGAACCUGAGCCUAGCAAAAAAGAAUCAACCGAAGAAUCUGAAGAAAGCAAAGAGACGCCUUGUAAAAAAAACGAACAGUUAGUAGAAGCCCCUAAGACCGAAGAAAAGCCAACAGAAUCCUCGGCUGAAAUCACAGAACCUGUCAACACGGAACCCGCAGAAAUUACUGAAGCUGUCAACACUGAAGCAGUUACCACAGAAACUACAACUACAACCGAAUCACAGAAUACAGAAACAGUUGAAGCAAAAAGUGAAGAAAAACCAAGUGUAGAGAAUCCAACACCCACAGAACUGAUCAAACCUGAAUUUGCACCAAACGCUCUCGUCUCAUAUAGCGAUAUUAUAGAUUGUAUUCAAUCUAAAAGAAUAGCAACUGCAAACAGUAUUUCGCCUCUAACCUACAUCUUAGUACCGGCGGCCAAACCAAAACCCACAUACAAAAUGUUCAGCAAAAUCGUAGCUUUCGGCGCUUUCUUGGCAGCUGCCAACGCAUCCGGCCAUGGCCAUGCUGCUGUGUCCUCCCAAAGCAUCGUCCACCAUGGUGGAUACGCUGCACCUUUGGCCCAUGGCCAUGGAGCUCAACUAGCGUAUGCUGCUCCAGUGGCAUAUGCCGGUCCCGCUGCUUCUUUGGCCCAUGGUCAUGGAGCCCAACUGGCGUACGCUGCUCCAGUGGCAUAUGCCGCUCCUUCUGCUCACUACGAUGGACAUGACACCUAUGCCCACCCAAAAUACGACUUCUCCUACUCCGUGGCUGACCCCCACACCGGAGACCACAAGUCCCAGCACGAGACCCGCGACGGUGACGCAGUCCACGGCUCCUACUCCUUGGUGCAGCCCGAUGGCUCCGUCAGACAGGUCCACUACACUGCUGAUGACCACAACGGAUUCAACGCGGUUGUCCACAACUCUGCCCCUUCAGUGCACCCCGUCCAUGCCCCAGCCCACGGCUACCAACACUACUAAACUAAUAUUUCAACUCCUGCCCUGUGAUGCUAUAUUUAUAAUUACUACUGUGAUUUCUGUAAAUAAAGUGUGAAUGAUGUUUCAAAUA